AUGAGUACGGACGUCUUCGACCAUGCCGAGGACAACGAAUUCGUGUGCGUGGAGGAACAAGAUAUAUUUGAGUGGCCUCGCAUGAUACAUGACGACUCACUCCCUCAACUCCUUAGUGAGGCAGAUGCACUCGCCCUUCCCAAGAUCAUCGACCAGUUCGAUGAUGAACUCUCCCAGCUUUGCUCAUCCGGCAUCUUCUCCUACCAAUGGUAUCCGUCACAAACUAUCGAUGAUGUGACAAUUGACGAUAUCGACCUUGAUUCUUUCUCGUGGAAUAAUCAAAGCUUACCGUCCAAUUCUGAUGGCGAUGAUCCAAACAAAGAAGUGGCUGUGUGCAAGGUUAUAGUACCUAGCAGCAGUGGUGGUGCGAGCAUUAGCAUGCGAGAAGAGAGAGUCGUCAGGAGAAGAGCGACGGGGCGGUCGAGGCUGAGUAACAUCGGAUUCGAAGAGUUAAGGAACUACUUCUACAUGCCAAUAACGAAAGCUGCAAAGGAGAUGAACGUGGGUUUGACUGUGCUGAAGAAGAGGUGCAGGGAGCUGGGCAUUCCAAGGUGGCCUCACAGGAAGAUGAAGAGCUUGAGCUCUCUCAUCCACAACGUUCAGGAGUUGGGAAAGGGUUCACCAGAUUCAGAGGAGAGCAUCCAGAAAGAACUGGAGAUGUUGGAACUACACAGGCAGCUGAUGGAGGAGAACCCAGAUGUUCAACUCACGGAGAGAACGAAGAAACUGAGGCAGGCAUGCUUCAAGGCUAAUUACAAGAAGCGGCGGGCAUUGCAGCAUCCUUGUAUACUUUGA